AUGGUAACUGUAGAAAUCUGAAGGCAAUGGAUGUGGUGCGUACGUCGGAGUCAAACUGUUAUUGCUACAUUCCAAACGGAGCAAUACAUUUAAAAAACACUUGGUCAAGUAUACAGGUGAAAAUCAACAGCACGGGAACGUUCAGGGUGGCGUCCAUCCCCGAAGAAAGUCAUUGCCAAAGUGCAGAAACUCUGUUUGCCUUUUUAAAGUGCGUCGUUCAAAACAUUUGGCAAUCGGGGACAUCUAAUGAAACCGUUGUAACCGUGGCCCAGUACGGAGAGCGGACAUGCUUCCGGGUCCAACCAGAGAACAACGGGCCUUACACCAUGGACGUUCAACAAACCAUGUUGGAUAAGAAACUGUUCCUCUUGUUCAUUGCUGGGGGCCUCCUCUUCCAUUUUGCUCACAACCUAAGUAGAAGCGUCACGUUCUAUUAUUCUGCUGGAGUGGCGUUUGGCGUUCUCGCUACAUUGGUCUUCUUCCUGUUGAUGCUUAAAAGGUUUAUUCCCAAGCUCAGCACCUUCUGGAUUUUAAUGAGCGGAUGCUGGUUCUGUUCUCUCUAUUUUUUUUAUACGUUGAAAGAGGAUUUGAAACUACUCUGGUACGAUUAUACACUCUACUUAGUAGGAUACGUCCUGAUAGCCGGAUCCGUCAGCUUUGCCGCUUGCUACCUGCACAGACCCCUUGUCAGCGAACAAAGUAUGAACCUCUUGAUGUGGACGCUGCAGCUGAUGGGCUUGGUUUUAAUUUAUCUGGGCAUCGCCAUCCCUCAGGUUGCCUGUGCGGCGAUCGCCACCCUCCUCUGCUCAAAAAUCUUGCAUUACCCACUUCGAAUGUUCUGCAGCAUUGGUAGAAAGGCCCGUUGGUAUUUCAGAGCAGACAAGCCAGAGGUUCGUUCUCUGACCGAAGAGGAGUACAGAGAACAGGGUGAAUCAGAAACCCUCGAAGCUUUGGAGGAGCUGCGGGCCUUCUGCAGGAGCCCCGAUUUCCCCUCAUGGGUAGCCGUGGUCAAGCUGCGGUCCCCUCAGAAAUUUGCGAACUUCGUUCUGGGAUCACCGCACGUGUCACCUGAAGAAACGAAGGCCCACGAUGAACAGUACGGCAUCGGAGGAGCCCUCUUAGAGGAGCAGCUUUUUACCUCGGAGACCGAGUCAGAACCGGACCAGCAAACAGACCCCUUUCAGGAGGAAGAGGAGAGGGAACAAAUGCCACCACAGAACUGCUUGCCUGUCCGUAGCAGAGAAUUUCUUUGA